AUGACCCAGCUCUCUAAUGGCCAGUCGUUGUCGUACCGAGGCAGUGAUGGGAGUUCGCAGCGCACCCAAUCGACCUCGAGUUCUCCUCAACGCUCGGGCACAUACCCCCUUCCACAUGACUUAUCGGUCCCGAAAACCUCGAUGAAGAAGAGGAUUAUCGUAUGUUGCGAUGGAACCUGGCAGGACGGUGUCAUUGUGACUGAACGCUGGAAAUAUACGAACGUCCUGCGUCUUGCUCGAGCCAUUAAUCAUGUCGAUGUGAGAUGUGACGUACCAAUAUCGCAAAUAGUUUACUACCAGUCUGGGGUUGGUUCUUCGCUGUGCCUGUAUGAUGAAGUUGUCGACGGUGCGACCGGUGCGACCCUAGGUGAAAAAGUAGAGGAGGCAUACGCGUUCAUCGCACAUAAUUAUCAUCCUGGCGACGAAAUCUUUCUGUUUGGCUUCUCUAGGGGCGCAUUUACGGCUCGCACUAUAGCGUCGUUCAUAGGUGAAAUUGGUGUCCUUGAUCGGACGCAGAUGGACCAUUUCGGAGACAUAUUCAUCGCGUUCCAGAAACGUGGGAAGCCGGAAAUUGAUGCGAAAGAGAACGAGCAGCUUGACAAAAUCCUCGCUCCGUGGACUGGACAUGACGCACCUGGAAAGCGGCGAGCAGACUCGUCUCCUCAUAGUUUCUCCAUAAAAUGCGUUGGGGUGUUUGACACUGUUGGAUCUGUUGGUUUACCGGAAGAAUUGACUCGGCACAAGAAUAUGAACACACUAUUCGGAUUCCAUGAUACCUGUCUUGGGGAGCAUAUCGAAAGGGCGUACCAGGCGCUAGCUCUGAACGAGAUGAGAAUGGACUUUGAUUGCGCCAAGUUUGAACAAACGGAACCUGGUCGGCUUAAAGGACAAGUCCUCAAACAAUGCUGGUUUACAGGCUGUCACUCGGACAUUGGGGGAGGAUAUCAUAAGCACGACCUGGCGGAUAUUACACUCAUGUGGAUGGCGGCGAAUAUUGGUGACAUAUUGUCGUUGGAUGAGCAAUAUCUUGCAUCAUUAUCCGAUCCCGUGGCACCAUGGGGUGAGCAACCACCUCACAAUUCUGCUGUUGGUAUAUUUGACUUCGCCCGCACACACCAACGCGAAGUUCCAACCGCUACGGAUAAUAUUACACACGAGACCAUUCACCCGUCUGUACUUCAUCAGGAUAUAAUUAUCCCCGAGCUUGCACGGAACAUCGACGCGAAUCCGAAGCUCGUGUGCUCGCUUCUGCCGCUGGAGGAACAGCUCAAAGGUACAUGGCGAGUCGCGGGUGCCCAUAAACAAAAUUCAUCUCCGCAAGCUCUUUCGUCACACGAAGUCUGCGGGCUGAACGACUCAUCUACAGCUGUUGAACUCGCUGGGAAGCCAACUGGUCGCAAGAAUUGGGUUGCUUGUUCUCACGAGGAGACAAGUCUGACCUCUCUUGUGAAGGCUCUGCUGUGA